AUGCAUCCCAAGUCAAGCUCCGAGUCGGCUAAGUCGAGCUCCGAGUCUCCCACUGCCUUCGAGAAACCUUCUCUAGGUGAUUGUCAUAGUGAUCAUCAGGGUCCUCGCAGCUUCAGGCAUCUCUUUCGAAGACACCGUAUUGAUCUUGAUAGCAUUGCAACCCAGCCCUCUGUCUUUGAUGACCCCCUGACCUUGGAGGUACAUCGGCCCCCUCCCCAAUAUGAGAAUACUCACAGGUUCGAUCCCGACGCAAGGUGGACUUGGAGGGAAGAGAAGGUAAGUAAAGUUGUUCGCAAGAUUGACCUCCGCAUCAUGAUCUGGGCCGGCGUCAUGUUCUUUGCGCUGGACCUCGACCGAACGAAUAUUUCUCAGGCCAAUACCGACAACUUCCUGCAAGACCUGCAUCUCACCACGAACGAUUUUAACCUUGGAAAUACGCUGUAUAGGUUGUCCUUCUUGAUAGCCGAACUUCCAUCGCAGUUGAUUUCGAAGAGGGUUGGGCCAGAUGUUUGGGUACCGAUACAGAUCUCUCUGUGGAGCAUGGUUGCGCUUUCGCAAUUUUGGCUCUCUGAUAGAAAAUCCUUCCUUGCAACAAGGUUUCUCCUCGGGUUCUUAGAAGGAGGAUUUAUUCCCGAUAUUGUACUCUACCUAUCCUACUUUUACACAAAGAGAGAACUGCCGAUUCGCCUUGCCUGGUUUUGGGUUUCAAACUACAUAACCGUGAUGUUCAGCGCUUUUUUGGCCACUGGCAUCCUUUCUCUUCGCUCAGGGAACCGCGCUGGCUGGCGGUAUCUCUUUCUGAUAGAGGGCUUGAUCACUCUUUCCGUUGGCAUAAUUUCGUACUUCUUGAUGCCUCCCGGACCGACGCAAACGAAGGCUUGGUUUAGGCCAAAAGGUUGGUUCACGGAGCGCGAGGAGGUCAUCAUGGUUAAUAGGGUUCUGCGAGAUGACCCAACCAAAUCAGACAUGCACAAUCGAGAGGGCUUAACGGUCGGGAUGAUCUGGAAUGCCAUUUGUGACUGGCGAAUGUGGCCUAUAUAUGUCCUUGGUAUUACACAUAUGAUUCCCGUCGGACCGCCGCAGACGUACCUGACACUUUCGUUGAGGAACCUUGGAUUCACAACUACUCAGUCCAACCUCCUGACGUUACCUAGCACCGCGUGCGGUUUGCUCACACUGUUACUUACUUCCUACCUGGCAGAAUUUGUGCACUCACGAGUCGGCGCCUGCUUAGUACUUCAGAUAUGGGCAUUGCCAUUGCUCGUCGCGCUUCGAAGCUUUGGGCCCAGCACUGACCAGUGGGACUACUUUACGGUGGUCACACUGAUCACUGGGUUCCCGUAUGUCCACCCGAUCCAGGUAGCCUGGGCCUCAAGAAAUUCUGGCAGCGUACGAACACGCACGAUAUCGGCCAGUGUAUAUAAUAUGUUUGUUCAGGCAGGAGUGAUUGUUUAUGUGAGUACGAUCGGAACCGUCUGGAGGACUCAUGUUUACAGUUUUCAGGCGAAUAUAUAUCGCGCGGAUGAUGCUCCUCUAUACAAGCGGGGAAAUCUCAUUUUGAUCAUUAUCUGCAGCGCAAACUUCAUGAUAUACAUCUUGACGUACUUCUUCUAUCGUGGUAUAAACCGCCACAGAGAGGAACAGUGGAAUACGAUGACCGUCACGGAACGAGAUACGUACUUAGAGACAACAAAAGAUCAAGGAAAUAAGAGGCUGGAUUUUAGAUUUGCAUAUUAGUGGGAAAACUAAUGCAUAUCUUUGAUUCUGCUUCGUGUACAUGAAGUGGAAGUAAAUCCAGCACCAGGCGACUUUGCAUGAUCAAUCAUGAGUUGGCUGCGGAAUGAUCGAUCGAGCAUGGGACUACGUCUGCAGAUUUCCAGACCAGAGAAGUAAUUUUGGGUGCUACUUAUCUGUGGGAGCCCUUAAAAAUGGCCCAGGGCUGGUCUGCAAAACCCACGAGUCUAAAAGCUUGAUAGCUGCAUACUCGAAUUCAUUGUCUCUGGAAAAACCCUUUUCCUAAGUGUUGUAUUGGCAGUAUAGUACAAGUAGGGUGUGUAUCAAAGGGAUAGAUCGACUCAAAGCAGGUUCGAGUGGUUUAAGCAGCGAUCGUAUGGUACAAUGAUAGCAUAAAACGAUGUACAAGUUGAAAGAGAGCCGACAAUAUGAC